UCAUGGAGCACCAGGAGUGGAUGGGAAGUAAUAAAAGCAGCUUUCCAGAUCAAAUGGAUGGAUUCAGAAAGCAACUGCUAAUCAUCCAGUUCUUCUUAUCCAUAACCGGAAUUCUGGGAAACAUCAUUCUAUUUGCAUCUAUCAUCAGAAUGAAUCACAUGAAGACCUUUGAGAUCUUCUUGUUUGGACUAGCCACUUCAAACCUGGUAAUGCUCAUAAAUGUGGAGGUUUAUGAUGUGACGCUCCUCUUUUACUCACAGUCAUGGUCUUUGCCUUUAAACUGCUGCAGUGCCGUGAGAUUUCUCAAGGUUUUUGGGGUCACCGCUUCAAUGUACUUCACAGUGCUGAUCUGUGCUUUCCGCUACCAGAAGCUUCGGGAUGCUGGGACACGAGGACAGAUGCCGGUGCCUUUGGACAACAUCCUUGUAGCCGGUGUGGCCAGCUGGGUCGGUAUGCUUCUGGCUGCCAUUCUGGCAGUCCCCACUUUUUUCAUCGAUUUUGAUGUGUCCACCUACACCGGCAAUGUCAGCUGCUCCAUGGACAUCUUCCAUUGUUUCCAGGGGCCCUGCCCAGUCGCCCAUGCCAUAUAUAAGUAUGUGUUCCUCCUCAUCCUGAAUUUCUUGCCCUUUGUCAUUGUCACUGGCUGUAGCUGCCUCAUCCUUCGGAUCAUUCUGCAUCAGCAAAAGCUCAUACAUGACCAUGAACUCAUUGAGGAUGUUCAUCACCACAUGCACCAUCAUCAUCACCAUCAUCAUCAUGAUCAUCAUCAUCAUCACCAUCAUCAUCACAACCUCCACAAGAGCACCAUUGCAAUCCUGGCUGCUAUGGGAAUCUGCCAGGUGACAUGGGCAUCAUACCUGACUUUGUACUUAGCUUUCGAUUCUUAUACAUUCCAGUUUUGGCCUGAAGCUGAAUUCUACAUCACCACCCUAUAUGCCACCAUCAGCCCAUAUGUGUACGGUAUUGGAAAUAACUUCUUCUCUAUUAAUCACUGCAUUAGGUGAAUUUGCUUCUUUUU